UCAGCCUCACGUGGAAAACUAAAGUGAGUGUCUUUGACAAUAUGACAAUUUUAUAAAAACAUAUAAGUUUUGCUUAAGCGUUUAAAAAUGGCACUGAAAAGAUUAAAAACUAAAAAGUCCAAACGCUUAUCGGGGCGUUUAAAGCAUAAGAUUGAAAAAAAAGUACGUGAGCACACUAGGAAGGUUCGUAGGGAAACCAAAAAGAAUCCCAAGAAAGGAAGCAAGAAGCAAAAACUUAUACAAAUACCAAAUAUUUGUCCUUUCAAGGAAGAUAUACUUAAAGAAGUAGAGGAAGCUAAAAAACGCCAAGAAGAGGAACGCAAUCGUCGCCGCGAGGCUUUUAAGAAACAAAGAAAUGACAACAAAAUAAAAAAUCUUCAAGAUUUGGUUGAAGAUGCGGCUGUUCGCAGCGAGGUGCAUUCGUCUACUAAUUUAGAUAGUAUUGUUGAUGAGAAAGCAUAUAGCACGGGCGGUAAUAAGGAACAGUCACUUAAGCAGUACUUCAAAGAAUUUAAAAACGUAAUUCAGAAUGCUGAUGUCAUUUUGGAAGUGGUUGACGCUCGUGAUCCCCUUGGAACCCGAUGCAGCGAAGUUGAGCAAGCCGUAAGGUCAUCGCCCGGUAAUAAGCGACUGGUUUUAAUAUUAAACAAAGCUGAUUUGGUACCACGCGAAAAUUUAAACAGCUGGAUUCGGUAUUUUCGUCGUUUUGGGCCAGUAACCGCUUUUAAAGCCUCAACCCAAGAUCAGUCUUCAAAAUUGGGUCGUCGAAAGUUAAAUCAGACUAAAACAGAAAAAGCUAUGCAAGGAUCAGUAUGUGUAGGAGCCGAGUUGUUAAUGUCAAUGCUUGGAAACUAUUGCCGUAAUAAAGGCAUUAAGACGUCAAUUAGAGUUGGUGUUGUUGGUAUACCAAAUGUUGGUAAAAGUUCUAUAAUAAAUUCUUUGACUCGUGGUAAAACUUGUUCCGUUGGUUGCACUCCUGGUAUCACAAAAGUAAUGCAGGAAGUAGAACUUGAUUCGAAGAUAAAACUUAUAGAUUGUCCUGGAAUUGUAUUUACGAAUUUCGGGAAAGCAAACACAGAGGCAGUUGUUUUAAAGAACGCCCAACGUGUAGGUGAUGUUAAAGAUCCUUUUACUGUUGCCGAAAGUGUGCUAAAGCGUGCUAGUAAAGAUUAUUUUUGCAAACUUUACGAUAUUACCGAAUAUGAUAGUUUUGAAGAAUUUUUCGCUAAAAAGGCUGCUCGAAUGGGCAAGUUUUUGAAAAAAGGUGUACCAGAUGUUGUCGCUGCAGCCCGUAGUGUACUUAAUGACUGGAACAGCGGCAAAAUUAAAUACUGUACUCAACCGCCUGAAGAAGAGCAAAGAAACGAUAUCCAUCUUAGUGCUGCUAUUGUACAUUCCGAUGCUCGCGAAUUUGAUGUGGACAAUUUCGAGGCGAUGGAAACGGAAAUUCUCAACAAAUUUGAUGUUAAAAGUGAUGAAGUCAUGCAAAUUAUUUCAAGCGGGCCUGUAGAAAUGGCGAUAAAUGAUACUGAUUUGAAGCAAACUGGCAAAGUCAUAAUAAAUGAAAAUCUCACCGCAGGUAAAAAACGUAAGCUAAAGGAAACAAGUGAAGAAUCGAAAGUGGAUCCUGUAAUGAAUUUGGAAGGUAAUCAGACACUUAAUAAAAAUGUAAAAGAUCAAAUAAAAAAGCGAAAAAAGCAGAAUGCGCGCAGUGAAAAAAAGAUUUCCCAAAUUACUGAUGUACUUGAUGGGUUUAGUUUGGAGACGGGUACGGAUGACAAAUAUGACUUCAACGAAGAUUACCCAAUCGAUUCAGCGCAAUAGUAGUCAUACGGACAACCUUAA